AUGCAACAACUAGAUUCCGCUGUUCAAGCUUUAUCAGUGGUACGUGAUGCUUUACGUACGUUCACUGUGAAAGAAGAAUCCAGUACUCCUUCGAAUAUACCUUCUAUCAACACCGUACCGGAUUAUAGUCCGAGGACUGUUUCUCAACCUAAUAGGGUGUUUGGAGAGGGGGUGGGUUAUAUCCCGACACAGAUCAUUUCGCCUAUUGGGGUAGAAAGUGGGUUCUCAGGUAGAGGAUCGGAUCACAGAGAAAUGUGGGAGACUCUCAGGACGGAGAAUCAAACUCUUCGGGAGAAAGUCCAGAACCUACAAAAUUCGUAUGACUUGGAGAAACGUCGAGCAGAUACAAUCCACCCUGUUCAAGGCGACACCAGACAGCUCUACCAGCUUCUUCAACAUAAAGACAACGCUUUGAGAACUGCAGAGACAAGUUUGAUCAAUAUAUGCACACAGAUUGAGGCCUUACAAAAAGACAAUGACCAUCUGAGACGCAUGGUUGAUGAUGGUUCUAAUCGGGUUAGAGAGCUUGAGAACAGAGAGUCCGCUGCUAAGAAGGGUGAAAGUGCUCUACAAAAACAGUCACAGGAACUUCGUAAUCAAUUAAAAGCUGCAGAUGAGAAGCUAGAGGAGGAGCGCCGAAAACGGAUGAGCCUUGAAGCUCAUUGUCAUCAUUUGGAACAAGAUCCUUCUCGCUCGGAAGCACCGAAAUUGGCUCAAGAGCUUGAACAUAAGAAGAUGGCUUUGCAGCAAAUUUCAAAAGACAGGGAUGUAGCCAAUGCCAAGUUGAAGGAAAAGCAAAUGGAAUAUAUCAAGCUUGAAGAGAAACAUAAUCAACAACGAGCCAUCUCUGAAGCUCUUCACGUAGAAGCGGCCGCGGGUCAAGGACAUCGAGUGGAGCUUGAGAAGGUCUCGAGGGAUAAAGAGCGUCUUAAAGUUGCUCUCAAACGACAAGAGAAUGAUAUGGCCGAAACUGUCAAGAUGAAGGAAGAAUUGAGAGAACAGGUAGUCCAACUAACCCAAACUCUCGAACUUCUCCAAGGACAUAGUCAACCUUCUCUGGGGAAAGCCUUCAAUAAUGUUCCUCCUAACCCCAUCAAACCAUUUGUUGGACAUUCUUCCCUCCCCCCCAGACCUUACUCAGACGUUCAAGCGUCAAGACCCAUAUCUCAGCCUCAAGCAAUGGAGAAAAAUCAAUACAGUUUCGAUAUGCCUCCUCUGGAACCAAAACGUAAAGCAACUCCGGUACCUUACGACCUAGACCUGGAACCCGUCUCCACAUCAGGAUCCAACGAUGAAACUUCUCUCACACUUACGAACCUUCAACGUCAACGUCAAUCAGGUGGAAAUACCAUGGACAAUGAUCUCACACGUCAACGUUCAAUGGGUAAUGUGACAGAUUUAGAUCUUUCACGUUAUCGUCAAAUGAAAUUGAAUGCCAUGGAUAUUGACGUUAACCGUCAACGUCAAAUGGGAGGAAAUACAACAGAAAUGGAUUCUUCUCGUCAACGUCAAAUGGGUAUAAACACAUUUGAUAUGACUCCUGCUCGUGUGGGAAACACGACUGUUGAUAGUGUUUUUGGUGACGUUUCCGGGAAAUGGAAUGGGAAACCAACGGACCUUCGUCCUUCUUUCCUUGGUCAGACUUCGAUGAACAAGAUCCGAUCUCCUUCCCCUGAAAUGGACACAUUUUCAGUGAUGAACAAUGACCCGUUCGCUGACCUGGACGUGUUUGGUAAUGGGGAUCGAAUGAUGAAGAGCAAGAACUAA